ACCAACAGAAGCGGGUGUUCAAAGCAUCAUUAAGGUUAUGUUUACAUUCGAUAAUGGCUGAAAGUGCGCACUAAUAUACGAAACACACAAGAAAUAUGAAGUUCAGGGGUAAGAUGACGGAGGUGUUAUGUAUAAAGCAGUUUUCAAAUAUAAUCGGAGCCUUGGCAAAACUGGCGAAAGACUGUAAGUUGCGAAUAACACCGGACAAGAUCUUUUUCACUGUGUCGGAUGGUUCAACUCUGGAGCGACCAUUGGCAUAUUGUAUUAUAGAACAGGCCCAUUUCUUCAACGAGUAUACAGUGGUCGGUGUCUCCAACACACACAAUAUGAUAUGUUUAAUUUUUUCGCCAGACCUACUGGCGCGGGCUACGGCCAAUUUGAGGACAUCAGCGAGUACUAAAUCAGUGAAAAUGAAACUGACGAACAAAAUGUCACCUUGCCUCACUUUUGAGAUAGAAUCGGGACAGUCGCGGCUUUGUGUACACGACAUUCCUGUGACUGUUGUCCCACGGAGACAGUGGGGGAGCCUUGAAGACCCUGUCCUGCCAACUUUUGAUGUUAGUAUAGAUUUCCCAAAUUUCAGGAUUUUGCGAACAAUAGCAGAACGUAUGCGUAACAUCAACUUGUAUUUGGAAGUUGGGGCCAAUUCACUGGGAACACUUGUAAUUGAAACACGGACAGAUAUUGUCAGACUAAGAACUCAGUUCAACGAUCUCAAUAUAAAUAGUACAGCAAACGCAUUGCCUGAUCCAGAAAAGAUUCGAUCAGUGAGAGUGGACGUCCGAAAAUUUGUACAAGUUCUGGCUAGUGAACAGUUGCACCCAAACAAAAUGCAGUGUGAUAUAGCUGAUGGUCGCUUGUUGCACCUCUUAGUCAUGCAUGAGGAUGUGACUUUGCAUUACUUCUUGUCACAUUAUGACAGCUGAGAUAUGGCAGUAACCCUUCUUCGUUCCUCAAGUAGUGUGUGGUAGAGAGAGAGAGAGAGAGAGAGAGAGAGAGAGAGAGAGAGAGCGCUGUUGGAUCACACAUCUAUCAGAGCCAUGAUUGUGGUUGAUGGACUACUGUGGGAUAGUAACUUGCUGAAUUGUGAAAAUGUAACAAUAUCUUUCCAUUCCCUUUUUUCAGUUAUGUAUAGCUUCUUAGUAAUUUAUUAUUGAUUAUGUAUUAUCUCUAUUAAAUGUGUUGUCUUGCUAAGUCAGUGGUUAUUGUGCUCAUUGAGUAGAAAAUCAACAACUUCAGGAAUACACAUAUUGGAUUCUGUUGAUUCCAAGCUAAGUUACAAAUAAAGUGCACUAUACAGGGUGACUCACCUUACUCUACCACCUCAAAUAUCUCUGAAACAACAAUAGAUAUUCAAAAAUGGUUUUCACCAGCAUGAACGUACAGCAGGGGCUUAGGAAAUCAAAUACACUACUGGCCAUUAAAAUUGCUACCCCAAGAAAAAUGCAGAUGAUAAACAGGUAUUCAUUGGACAAAUAUAUUGUACUGGAACUGACAUGUGAUUAUAUUUUCACAAAAUUUGGGUGCAUAGAUCCUGAGAAAUCAGUACCCAGAACAACCACCUUUGGUCGUAAUAGUGGCCUUGAUAUGCCUGGGCAUUGAGUCAAACAGAGCUUGGAUGACAUGUACAAGUACAGCUGCCCAUACAGCUUCAACACGAUACCACAGUUUAUCAAGAGUAGUGAUUGAGUGAUUGGCGUAUUGUGAUGAGCCAGUUGCUCGGCCACCAUUGACCAGACGUUUUCAAUUGGUGAGAGAUCUGGAGAAUGUGCUGGCCAGGGCAUCAGUCGAACAUUUUCUGUAUCCAGAAAGGCCAAUAAAGGACCUGCGCCGGCCGCAGUGGUCUAACGGUUCUAGGCGCUCAGUCCAGAACCACACGACUGCUAUGGUUGCAGGUUCAAAUCCUGCCUCGGGCAUGGAUGUGUGUGAUGUCCGUAGGUUAGUUAGGUUUAAGUAGUUCUAAGUUCUAGGGGACUGAUGACCACGGAUGGUAAGUCCCAUAGUGCUCAGAGCCAUUUGAACAGGACCUGCAACAUGCGGUUGUGCAUUAUCCUGCUGAAAUGUAGGGUUUCGCAGGGAUCGAAUGAAGGGUAGAGCCACUGGUCGUAACACAUCUGAAAUGUAAUGUCCACUGUUCACAGUGCCGUCAAUGCGAACAAGAGGUGACUGAGACGUGUAACCAGUGGCACCCCAUACCAUCACGCCGCGUGAUACACCAGUAUGGCGAUGACGAAUACUCGCUUACAAUGUGCAUUCACUGCGAUGUUGCCAAACACGGAUACAUCCAUCAUGAUGCUGUAAACAUAACAUGGAUUCAACCGAAAAAAUGACAUUUUGCCAUUCGUGCACCCAGGUUCGUCGUUGAGUACACUGUCACAGGCCCUCCUGUCUGUGAUGCAGUGUCUAAGGUAACCGCAGCCAUAGUCUCCGAGCUGAUAGUCCAUGCUGCUGCAAAGGUCGUCAAACUGUUCGUGCAGAUGGUUGUUGUCUUGCAAAAGUCCCCAUCUGUUGACUCAGAGAUCGAGACGUGGCUGCAUGAUCCAUUACAUCCAUGCGGAUAAGAUGCCUGUUGUCUCGACUGCUAGUGAUACGAGGCCGUUGGGAUCCAGCAUGGCAUUCUGUAUUACCCUCCUGAACCCACUAAUUCCAUAUUCUGCUAACAGUCAUUGGAUCUCGACCAACGCGAGCAGCAAUGCCGCGAUACAAUAAACCGCAAUCGCGAUAGGCUACAAUCCGAUCUUUAUCAGAGUCGGAAACGUGAUGGUAUGCAUUUCUCCUCCUUACACGAGGCAUCACAAUAACAUUUUACCAGGUAACGCCGGUCAACUUCUGUUUGUGUAUGAGAAAUCAGUUGGAAACUUUCCUCAUGUCAGCACGUUGUAGGUGUCGCCACCGGCACCAACCUUGUGUGAAUGCUCUGAAAAGCUAAUCAUUUGCGUAUCACAGCAUCUUCUUCCUGUCAGUUAAAUUUUGCAUCUGUAACACGUCAUCUUCGUGAUGUAGCAAUUUUAAUGGCCAGUAGUGUACUAUGCAAAAUUUUAAAAUGUAAACAAAUACUAUUUUCAACACAAACUUGUGUAUUUUUAAAUGGACACCCCCUAAUAUUUCGUAUGCAAUCAAUAGCAUGAAAAAUCACAAAAAUAAUGGCCUUGGUUGGACUGCGAUACGUCAGUCACAUCCAGAAAAAUUGCAAAGCGAAGUUGACGCUUGAAAUAAAUGAAGCGCACAGCUAGUGCACGUCCUGAGACUCAAGCAUGCACCUCACGCUGCCAGUAAUUGUGAUUUAGUUGACAUAUUACAGCAGUGGAGUGUUAAUGUAUGGUGUGGUAUUGUAUGACAACACAUCAUUGACCCGUAUUUCAUUGAUGGCACUCCUAAAGGGGGAUAGUUUAACUCUUUCUUGAGCUGUACCGUACUUGAGCCAGUCCGCGAAAUGACAUCUAGAGGUACAAUUAGGGGUAACACACUUGGUUUCACAUUUCUAAACCUCAUAAGUUCUGAAAUGUGUGGCUUGUAAAGGAUAGCAAUGGUGUCACAGUUUCUGACAUAAUGCAUCACAUGUAGUACUGCACUCAGAGCAGGGGUUGCCUACAGUGGCACCUGUAUCCUGCCGUAAACUUACCAAUAUCACCACGGCACGCUCUACCUUCAGUGUACAAGUGUCUCCUAAUCUGGUCUGCUGAACUGCUCUCAUACUGUAAUGUAAUUCACGUACGUUGCCACAUUAGUAAUUUACGGCAAAUGUCACAGAAAUAACAACCACAGCUGUGACACUGUAUGCUGAAUGCUACCCAGAUUGGCGGUGUCCAUCAAGUAGAACCAUUGGCAACAUCUGGAAGACACUCACGGAAACAGGAAACUGGGCUCCCACAAAACGUCGACGUACAACGCCAGCAACUGGCAAUGGAAGAGAAAUUGCUGUUCUGGCUGCUGUAGCACACAAUCCUCAGGUGGGUGUACAAGAAAUUGCACAAGGUGUAAGAAUAAGCCACAGUAGUGUGUGCAGAAUCUUGCAUCGGCAUCAGUUUCAUCCAUUCCAUAUCUCACUGUGCCAAGAACUGUGUGGGAAUGACUUUGAAUCCCACAUGGCAUUCUGUCAUUUUGCACUUCAGCAGUUGCAAGGUAAUCCAGUAUUCGUGAGCAGUACGUUGUUUAUGGACGAGGCUUCAUUUACAAAUCACGGUAAUGUGAAUCUGCGGAACAUGCACUUCUGGUCCGUGCAAAAUCCCCACUGGAUUUGCCAAGUUGUUCAUCAAUGACAGUAGAGUGUCAAUGUUUGCUGCAGUAUCAUUGCUAACUGUAUUGUAGGUCCCUAUUUUUAGCGUGGAACAUUGAAUGGACAGCGAUAUGCAUCAUUUCUUCAACACACACUAGCGCUCCUCAUGAAGGAUCUAGGAUUGCAAACUCAUCUAUCAAUGUGAUUCCAACAUGAUGGAUGUGCCGCACACAAUGCAAAAAUUGCCAGAGAUGUUCUCGAUGAGACAUUUCCAAAUAGGUGGAUGGGGCGGGGAGAUACUGUGCGAUGGCCAGCACGGUCCCCCGACUAGACGCCAUUAGACUUCUUUCUAUGGGGCGCAGUGAGAGACAGUGUGUAUCAAGAACCCCCCAACAACAGUAGAGGAUAUGCAACAUCGUAUUACCGUGGCAUGUGCGGCAAUAUCUGUGGAAACUCUACAAUCUGGGCAACACAAUCUUGUUACCCAUCUGCAAACGUGUGUGUAUUGAUGCAAACUUAGGUCACUUCGAACAUAUGUUGAUGUGACAAAAUUUCAUUUGUCAAGAUGUGGAUGUAUUUUCUAUGCUGGAUGUAAUGCACAACAAUACUUCUGUGGACAACAGGGCACUAGUCAGUGUGUUUAGCAAAGCGAAUUCAAGUAUGUUAUCUCUAAUUGUAGCUCUAGUUGUCAUUUCGCUAGAGUAAACGUACAUUUCCACCUUGAAAGAUGUAACUUUGCAUUGGACGUGUUACUGGUUUAUUUUUGUUGUUUGUGCAUACCUUCCCAUUGUGUGAGCCCCUGACACAGGCAGCAUGAGGUGCACGCUAGAGUCUCAGGACAUGCGCAAGCUGUGCCCUUCAAUUGUUUCAAGUGUCAGCUUUGCUUCACAAUUUCUCGGGAUGUAAUUGACACAUUGCAAUGCAACCAACGCCAUUAUUUUUGUGAUUUUUCAUGCUAUCGAUUGCAUAUGAAAUAAUAGGGGGUGUCCAUUUAAAAAUACACAUGUUUGUGUCAAAAAUAGUAUUUGUGUACAUUUUAAAAUUUCGCCUAGUAUUUGGUUUCCCAAGCCCCUGCCGUACGUUCAUGCUGGUGAAAACCGUUUUUGAAUAUCUGUUGUUGUUCCAGAGAUAUUUGAGAUGGCAUAGUUAGGUGAGACAUCCUGUAUUAUGAACAUUUAUCAUCAUCAUCAUCAUCAUCAUCAUCAUCAUCAUUGUAGCAGUUUGACUACUGAAGGUGCAGCAGCUACAUUCGAGAUUGAGUAUCGAGCAUAAGUAAGCGUACACUAUGGUGAUUUUCCAGUACCUUUGGUCAGUUACGGUUGUACCCAUGUCACCUGUAUGUUAAGUUUGUUGCAUAUCUAUCGAGAACAUUACCUCAUAAUGCGUAUGCGAUCAGUGCCUUCCUAGGUUCCCGUAAAAACAGGAAGCGGUGGACCUUCUAGAAACUGAGUGAGCAUAUAUAAAGGGCCAUGUAACGUAUGGAACAUUUUUCUUCUACAUAAUUAUCCUUUGAGAGUUACUUAAAAGUAAACAGUAUUUAUAGCAAAUCUGAAGCUCUCAACAUUUAAUGCAGGUUUUACUAA